AUGACGGUAUCCUAUACGCUCAAGGUGGCUAAUGCUAAGUUUGGAGGCUUCUCAAAGUUACUCUUCCGAUGGAAAGGAAGCAUUUACAAGCUUCUGUACAGAGAAUUCCUGGUCUUCUGUUUACUGUACGGCUUCAUCAGUAUUCUAUACAGGUGUGUCCUCAAUAACACACAACAAGAGGUGUUUGAGCGGCUUGCACGCCAUUGCAACAAGUUUGCGAAACUCAUCCCUAUGUCAUUUGUUCUUGGGUUCUAUGUCACCCAGGCGUUUCAGCGUUGGUGGGGUCAGUAUACAAGCUUUCCCCUGCCAGAUAACCUGAUGAUGGUCAUAUCUGGGAAUGUCCACGGCACAGAUGAAAGAGGCCGUCUUCUGAGGAGAACUCUGAUGAGGUAUGCAAACCUGUCAUCCGUCCUCAUCCUGCGCUCCAUCAGUACACGAGUACGCAAGAGAUUCCCAACUCUGGAGGACAUUGUGGAGGCAGGAUUCAUGACCACAGAUGAGCUCAAAAAACUAAACCAUCUGUACUCUGACUUCAACAAAUACUGGAUGCCACUUGCAUGGUUUGCAAAUCUGGCAUCACAAGCGAGAAAAGAAGGCCGUGUGAAAGAUGAUAUAGCCUUGCGACUGCUCAUGGAUGAGCUGAAUAACUAUAGAUCAAAAUGCAGUAUGCUCUUCCACUAUGACUGGAUCAGCAUUCCCUUGGUUUACACACAGGUAGUGACCGUGGCUGUGUACUCCUUCUUUAUGUUCUGCCUAAUUGGGAGGCAGUUUGUAAAACCUGAGAAACCUGAUGAAGACAAAAUUCAUCUGGACCUUUAUGUCCCCAUUUUCACUCUACUGGAGUUCUUCUUUUAUGCUGGUUGGUUAAAGGUAGGGGAACUUAUUAUCAACCCAUUUGGAGAAGAUGACGAUGAUUUUGAGACCAACCAACUCAUAGAUCGCAACAUUCAGGUUUCCAUGCUAGCUGUAGAUGACAUGCAUCAAAAUCUUCCUCUCCUUGAGAAGGACAAAUACUGGGUGGAUAAGGGUCAUUCAUAUCCUUCAGCUACUAUGAAGCCUGUCUUCAUGGGUUCCACGCAUGACAUGAGGAUACUUGAGGAUGAUAAUGAGGAACCUUUACCAACCCCCAAGACACAAAUGCUUGCCAUCAAUGUGUGGCCAACUACAAACAAAGUAAAAAAGCAGAAGAACAAGAACUUGCAACAAUGUCUUUGCUGCAGAUCUAAAUGUAAGGGCGAGCGCUCAAGGCUUGAACAGCCUUCCAAGAGCAGCAUCCCAUCACCACUGCAGCAACAACACCCGACUAUCCAACACGUCUGCCAAGAUAAACUCUUGGGGUCACCUGAAACUAUGGGACAAGUAAACCAAGAGCAAUAAACGUGUAACUACCAAGUCAGGUUUUGCUUUGCAUGUAUUUUUGGUACAUUCAAGAAUGAGAGGAACCCUCAUCCCUGCUUGCAAUUUUGAAUUUUUUUUGUUCAUUAAAGGAACAUUAAAUAGUUCAUGUGACAGUGAAGAAGUUGAAUACACUUUAUUUUAAGAUGUCCUUGUUACAAUGUAAUUAUAUAUUUAAGUACUGAGUAAUAUUAAUGAACUACAUGUACUAUAUGGCUAGGGUUAGGUUUGUCUUAAGGUUACUUGUAUGUAAUUAUGCAUUAUUUAUUGUUCUUAUAACAAGGACACCUUAAAAUAAAGUGUUACCAAGAUAUUUUAAUGUUAGGAUUUCUAAUGUUGUUCUUUUAAAAAAUCUUGACAAAAUGUAUCAAGGUUUCCACAAAAAUAUGGAGCUGUGCAACUGUUGAUAUCAUUGAUAAAUUUCUUGAGCACCAAAUCAUGUUAGCAUGAUUUCUGAAGGAUCAUGUGAAGUGAAGACUGGAAUAAUGUUGGCUAAAUAUUCAGUUUUGCCAUCAAGGGAUAAAUUAUAUUCAAAAAUAUUACUGUUUUUACUUUUUUUAAAAAAGGAAGCUACCUUUGAAAGGCAGUAAACUUACUUGACUCAUCCAGUGACUAAUGAUGAACAGCAGUUAUUAAUUGAAGUUAAUUUGUAGAUAUAAUUGUUCUUUUUAACUAAUUUUACACAGCUUCAAAUUUUAAAACGUAGAAACUGACAUCAUAUAUAAUGAUUUCUCAUACUUGAUAUAUUAGCCAGUUUCAUAAAACUGCAUAAACCAAAGAUUAUAAUCUGUAGUUAUUACUUGUAUCUGAAAUUAGUUUAUUUAGGAUUCUAUUAUGCCAUUACUUUCCAAAGCUUAACAUUCAAAAUAAAACAUGUUGGAUGUUACAUGCAGAGAUGUGUAAUUAAUAAAUGUACACAAGUAUUGCAAUGACUACUUCAUACAGACAAUUAACAGCACUUUAGCACUUGUGUUUUUUUUCUAGGAGGUUAUAACCAGUUAAUGCAGAACAAAAGCAGCUGCUUAACUUUCUCAAUCCUCCUUUCAAUAAAUUGUGUAUGAUUGAAAAUAGUGUCAUUG